UCUUUUGGCAGACAAACUUCCACUUAACUCUUCCUAUAAAUUCCACGAACAUCCUCCUUAGCUCGUCACCAACAAAGUCACUUGUCUCAUUGUACUCAAGUCUCAUCGUCUCCCCAGCUAACGCUUAUCUUCCUCAACUCUGCUAAACCAACUCACGUUUCUUGUUUUCUCUCUGAAAGCAAAAGAAAACGACCAUGUCCUCCUCCAUUGAUGUCCAUAGACUUUGGCUUCUUGUUUCGGUAAUUUUCAUCAUCUUGAAUGGUCCUGGGAACCUCGCUGUGGCUUUUAAUGAUCGGAAAGGCCUUGGUUCCGAUACGAAGAGCCUUCUCGUAAAGAACCAGGAGAGCUUCUCAAGGUUACACAUGAUGAGAAGGCUCGCUUCGACUUCGACGACGAAGGUGGUUAAUGUAGAUAACUAUGGAGCUAAAGGUGACGGCGGAGAUGACUCGGAGGCUUUCAAGAAAGCAUGGAAUGUGGCUUGUUCUUCGGAGAGAGCUGCUAUUGUAGUCCCCAAGAACAGAAUCUAUCAUCUUAAGCCCAUUACUUUCUCUGGUCCCUGUAAAUCUGGUCUUACGUUUAAGGUAUAUGGGACGAUCAAAGCUUCAGUUCGCCUGUCAGACUACGACAAGGAUAGAAGAUACUGGCUUAUGUUUGAUAACCUUACAGACUUCAGAAUGGAAGGCGGUGGCUUCAUCAACGGCAACGGCAGGAAAUGGUGGGCUAAUUCCUGCAAAAUCAACAAAUCACUCCCAUGCAAAACAGCACCAACUGCCAUGACAUUCUAUGAAUGCAAGAACUUGAGAGUAGCUGACCUGAUCAUCCAAAAUGCACAACAAAUGCAUCUCUCAUUCCAGAAGUGUGUCAACGUAAAAGUACUGAACCUGUUGGUAUCUGCACCUGAGAAAAGCCCGAACACUGAUGGGAUUCAUGUCACUGGCACCCAAAACAUUCUCAUCAAGAAUUGUGUCAUCAGGACAGGGGAUGAUUGCAUUUCCAUAGUAAGUGGAUCCAAAAAUGUUCAAGCUACGGAUAUAGUCUGUGGACCAGGACAUGGCAUCAGCAUUGGGAGCCUGGGAGCUGAUAAAUCAACAGAUUACGUUUCAAACGUGCUUGUGAAUAGAGCAAGGCUUUCAGGAACCACAAAUGGAGUGAGGAUAAAGACUUGGCAGGGAGGAUCUGGCUAUGCAAAAAACAUCAUUUUCCAAAAUAUCUCAAUGCGCAAUGUGACCAAUCCUAUAAUCAUAGAUCAAAACUACUGUGAUCAAGCUGAAGCAUGUCCAGAGCAGGCGUCGGCAGUCCAAGUCAGUAAUGUGGUGUACAAGAAUAUAAAAGGGACAAGCGCGUCUGAGGUGGCCAUUAAUUUCGAUUGCAGUAAGAGUCACCCUUGCAGAGGGAUUUUGUUGCAGAAUGUCGGUCUGGUGAGCAAUUCGGGGGAAAGCGCCAAAGCAUCAAGUUCGAAUGUUAGGUAUACCAAGAUGGGAGAUGUCUAUCCAUAGAGCUUUUGGGGGAGGAAGAAAAAAAUCUUCAUUUUUUGCUUUGUUGUACGUUUCCUUCUUUGAUUUUGAGAUGGCCAGUUAUGUAAAUAACAGUUGUAAUUCAUGCAUUGCCCUCAUUGUGGCAUAAGCAUAAUUAAACGAUGUGGCAUCACACACUCACGAAA